UCAGUUGAAUUCCAUUCUCCAGGAUUCCAGUACUUCUGCGAUCCACACGAAAAGGGAGAGGCCAGUGAGGCCUUCUUCAACCGCUGUGCACAUGGGAAUUACAAUAUGUCCCACUCAUGGUUACAAGAAGGUCGGUUAUUUUUGAAACGCCGCACCCGUGUGCAAAGAGGAGGGAAGGAGAGAUCAGAUUCCUAAAACAGGGCAGACAGACAGACACACACACACAACAGAGGGAUCUUGCUGGAGAACGUCCUUCGGGCAAUUACACAACGGUGAAGAAUAUAGAAGAAAGCAGUUAGAUCAUUAUGAAACUCAGCGUGGUGCUCUUCAUCGCCGGGCUGUUUGGAGCUCUUGGAGUUCUCCUCUUUCUAGUUGCUUUCGGCACAGAUUACUGGCUGCUGGCCACUGAAACAUGUCCCUCUCUCCGAAAUAGCACGGAUUCAAUCCCCGCAGAGAAGGGAGAUAUCAUUGUGCCUCCCCAUAAAGCUGGAGCCACUUUUCAUCAUGAGGGCUUCUUCUGGAGAUGCUGGUUCAAUGAAGCUGUGGUCGAUGACAACAUCUGGAAAUUCUGGUUCACUAACCAACCUCCUUUGAAAUACUGUAUGCACGCCUAUCUCCUUCCGUUCCCUCUGACAACAGAGACAUACAACUCCACUGCCUAUGAGACUGCUAUCAUUUACCGUGGUUUCUGGUCAGUAUUCAUGAUGUUGGGUAUCAUUGCUGUCAUAGUAGGAGGCUUUGUCAUCAUCUGUGCAGUCCCAUUUCCUAAUCAUAAGCUCUACAAAGCAGGAGGUGGACUGUUUCUAUCUGCUGGAAUUUUAUUUACAGUACUCAUUAUUAUGUAUGUCAUCUGGAUUGAAACUGUUAUUGAUAUUCAAGAAUACAUUCAGAAGCAAAGAAUUCAGCUCUGUCAUGAUAUUAUACUAAACAUUCAAUAUGGAUGGUCCUUCAUAGUUGCAGCCAUUGGGAUAUUUUUCUCAUUGUUCUCAGGCUUGCUGUUCCUCCUUGCAGGCCACACCAUUCACAUUCAUUAUGAUUAAGAGACAGCAUUUGGUUUGCUUUGAGUAAUUGGAAACCAAUUAUUUUAAUACAAACAGUUUGCUAAAUGUGCACAUUGGCAAUGAAAGUUUACUUCUCUGUAUUUCCAAACAGCAUGUUUGGUUAUUCUGUUCAUAUACUGUAUAGCUUUUGUCUUGCUAACUAUUUGGAAGUAUGCUGGAAAGUAAAAUUUAUAAUAGCCUCAAACCAAAAGUUUUAAAGCCUUGCAAUUAAUUUGUACUAAAUAUCCCAUCCCAUCUAAUGCUUAAAAAGACAGUAUUGUUAUGCUUAACGAUUUACAAUGCAUUUACACUACUCUAAGGAAUUAAAAUUUUCUUGAUUUCUUCUAAGACAAUAUUAAAGAGUAGCAUAAUAUAAUAAAUACAAUGUUUUAAAGAAUUCAUGAAUUUUAGGAGUGGAGUUCAGAUCAUUUAAGUGGGUUUCAAGGUCUAAUGAUUCCAGGAAUAUUGUUGAUAAGCAUGUUGAACCAGUUACCCAUUGGAAAUAGUAAAUACAUGUUGCCAGUAAUUAUACAUGCAUCAGCUAUGAAAGCACCAAUUAAACUCAUUGACUGAUGUCAGGUUAAUCUAAAUGGGCUGGAUUUCUUAUUUUGAUCAUGUAAUCCUUUUGUACAGGUGUUACCUACAAGUACGUGGAAUCUGUGGAAUAAACCAUUUGC